UUGUGGAGAUGUACUGGUAUCACACUGAGCCCAUUGGAAAAGGUGUAUUUGGUCACAUCUUUGCUGGCAUUAAUUCAAAAGAUGGCAUGGAAGUUGCAGUCAAGAGAAUCGAGAAUUUGCGUCUAGAGAGGCGACAAGAUGAAAGAGAAGCUUACACCUUUGCUUCGCUUACUGGAUGCAGAAAUGUUGUUCAUUACCUUGCCUUUUGCACAGAUGUGCACUUCUCUUUCAUCAUAUUGGAACUCAUGGAAGGAAAUCUCAACAAGUACUUUGAAAGUCCUCAUUUCAACAGCAGCAACAACAUCACUCUCUGCAGAGAUGUUUUCUGUGGAAUAAAUUACUUGCAUGGGGAAAACAUUGUUCACCGGGAUAUUAAACCAUCUAACAUCCUGUACAAAACCCAUCCUGAAUUAUGUGUGAAAAUAGCAGACUUUGAUUUAAGUCGUCGUUUAGAUAUCGAUUCAUCGUUCACUGUUAUGGCUCCAGGAGUUGGAACCAGGGGUUGGAUAGCUCCAGAGGUUGUGAAGUCAACUCCCUAUAAACAUUCCAUGGAGUCAGAUAUAUUCUCGUGUGGCCUUAUAACACACUACAUCUUCUCACCAAAGAAACAUCCCUUUAGCCCAGCUGUUUGCACAGGAAAAAGUGAUUUGCAGAUCAACCAGGAAACAGAAAAGAACAUAUCUGAUGGAAAAAUGGAAAGUUUUGAUGGCUCUAUUGCGCCCGAGGCCUCUGAUUGUAUAAAGAAAAUGCUUGACAUCAAUGAGAAAGAAAGACCAACUGCAGAGGCUGUACUAAAGCAUCCAAUGUUUUGGUCAAACAAGAAGAAGAUGAAUCUUCUUACUGCUGUUGGUAAUCAGCCAGAAUUUGAAAUACCACGGGUAAAAAGAACUGUUCUAAGUCCUAUAGAGUCAGAUCUACAAUCAAAUGUCUCCACAAUAGUAAAGUAUGGGAAAUGGGAUGACCCUAGAUACACACACAUGCCUGGAAUCUACUCUGAAAUGACAAAGCCGAUUGUCAAACCAGCAAAGAAGGGAAAGUAUCAUACCAUAAAACCUAGAAACUAUGNNNNAGAAUUUUGGCUGCUUUUAUAA